CGAAGCGAGCGUGAACGUCGUGGUGCUUGUCGGACGUUGGAACGGUACGCAGGAUUCGCCUCCGCCUAGUGCUUGCUGCAGAGAACGAGCGUGUGGGUGUGUGCAGGCGUGCGAGAGCACACUCUGAUAUCGAGUACGGGAAAAAAGUGCGGUGCAGAGAGGUGAGAAAGAGUGAGAGAGCGAGUGAGUGUGUGAGUGAGAGUAAGCACACUACAGUGAGAGGAGCUUGUGAGAGGAAAAUCGUCGUGAGAGUGAUUAAGUACACCGAAAAAAAAACGAAAAAAAGGAAAAGCAUCCGAUCACCGAUCGAAGGAGCGAAAGAGAAUCCGCGCUCAAAACCUCAGGUCCUGGCUGGAAAAGCCACGCGGAAGAGUGCUCGAAAGUUUGUGUGUGUGUAAGUGAGAGAGAGAGAAAGAAAGAGAGAGAGAAAGAGAGCGCUUGCUCGCUCGGAAAAACCCCGCGAGAGAGUGACGCUCCCCGUUGGGGCUCGAUUUUGGUCGGUGCGUUUGUUCGCGCUUUUCCGAAUCGAUUCCCGGUGGUUUUCCCGCAGCAAGCCAGCAGCUGCAGUGUGCGGCAAGCGUGGACGCAGAUUCCCUGGCACGGCUGGAGAAGGUUAUCAGCACCCCGGAAAGUGAUCGGAAUAAGUCGAAAACGAAAACAAAGAGAAAAAAACACACUCCCAACAAACAAAGUGCCCCAAACGUCAGUGCGUGAAAGCGUGAAAAUCUCCGUGGAAAUCACUCUGACACACGCGUUUUUCUCCGCCGCCGUGGUUGUGGUUAUAUUUUCUUUCGGCGUGGUGAAGUGCGGUAACACGGAACACGAAAUAUUCGAAGCCCUAGCCGUGGGUCACCCUUUCGGAGCUCUUCCACGUACUCGCGCUGGUCGGAGAUUCACGGAUUAGCAGCAGAUUGUGGCAGCAAUUUCUGCAAUCACUAUAACGUAUGGUGUAAAACUUCGUUACAACCGGCAGAAAAAUCACUCGUUCUUCCAUCACAAGCCCAACCGGCCACCAUCCAGCUUAAACCCACCGCACUUCGCUCGAACCCUCGGACGAUGAGCCGACAGAACUGAGGGUUGGCGUUGAAAUAGAUGAGCAACCAGCACCACCGUCCGGCGAACGCGCACCAAACCACGCACGGCGACGAAGAAGCCGACGGUUCGAGCUAGUACGCAUUGCCCUUCGCCGACGCCACGUCAUGACCGGAUGUGAGGUAGUAACCCCGGAUCCGGUGACGCAGUGAUGCGGCGAGGGUGCGAUGCUUAUCUCGCCCGUCUCUGUUUCAGGAGUUACGAUGCAUGGGCUGAGUCACCUGCAAACCGGCUCAACCCUGGAGGCGCUCACGCAGGCCACGAUCAUCCUCAUCCUAGCGGUCGCCAUCGUCAUCUCGAACCUCAUCGUAGUAGCCACAUAUCUUAACUUUAAGGGUCCCCAUGAGGUCAUAAACUACUAUCUACUAUCCCUGGCGGUGGCCGAUCUGCUGUGCGGUCUGUUCAUCGUCUCACUCUCGGUGUAUCCAGCGUUCAGUGGAGAAUGGAUCUACGGCGACGUCGUGUGCCGAUUCGUCGGCUACCUCGAGGUAACGCUCUGGUCCAUCUCCGUCUACACGUUCAUGUGGAUCUCGGUCGAUCGCUACCUGGCGGUGCGGAAGCCACUGCGCUACGAAACGAUCCAAACCAAAACCAGAUGCCAAUGCUGGAUGGCGUUCACGUGGAUCUCGGCGGCCAUGCUCUGCUGUCCACCGCUGCUCGGCUACAACGAGGCCAACUACAGUAAAACCACCAACAUCUGUAUGCUCGAGUGGGGCAACAUGGCGGCCUACAGCGCAACGCUGGCAAUCCUGGUCCUGGGGCCGAGUGUCAUCUCGAUCGUCUACAACUACGGCUACAUCUUCACGAUGAUGCGCAAGGUGCGAUCGGGGGCACCGAUCCAUGAUAAGGAGUACGCCACGGCGCUCGCCGAGAACCUAGCGAACCCCAGUCACUGCAUGUCGUUCGCAUUGGUGUUUUCCUUCUGGAUCUCGUGGGCGCCGUACAUCGGGCUGCGCAUCUACGAGCUCGUGUCCGGCGACAUGAUCGACAAUCCGCUGCUGCUGUUCGGUGCCGUCUGGGUCGGCAUCCUCAACUCGUUCUGGAAGAUCAUCAUCAUGACGAGCAUGUCGCAGCAGUUCCGGCUGCUCGUCCGGUUGCUUUUCCUCACCAUCUGCUGCAAGACGAAGGGCCGCCUGCAGGCCGAGCUGAUCGGGCUCGAUCCGGACGACUAAGACGACGAUCUCGUUCUGGACGACUAAUCAAUGACGCGGUGUGGGAAGGGUGUGCCGUUGAUCCACGCGGCGAUCACCAUCGAACGAUCGUACAAUCAAGUUUACAAAAUGUUUGUGCUAUUACAGCGGCGUGGAAAUUGCAUGGGGUAAGACUCCACCACAGGCGUGUGCUGAGUUGAGGAAGUCUUAAGAACAACUCUAACGAAAGCUGUGCGAAGCUUCUCGUGCUAGGAUUUAGGCGCAAGUGCAGCCAAACUUAUAAGAAUAUACACUCUCCACGGGCACUUACCCGGUGUACAAACACACUUAAAGCAAGCGUUGUUUUACCCGGUUGUCCGUUUCACUUUGCGUAGACCUUAGGACGCGCUGUGCAGCUAACUGAGCAGUGUCCUCCCCAUUUGCUAGAGCUAGUAGACAAAGCGAAAAUGUGCAAACACAAAAAAAAACUCGAAAACCGACAAUUCAAUGUGCUCUGUGCGGUGUGCUGAUUGUGCUCGCUCUUCUCGCUCCGCAACAGCCUCAAGACAGCCGACAAAUUUCAAUUACAAUGCUACAAAAAACCGGGCUGUGGGAGAGAAACCAAGUGGGAGUCGGUGGAAAUCCGUUAGAGAAACUUAAAAACCAUGAACAAUCAUCAAUCUUGUCUCGUGCAGAAGCUUAACACGCUUGCGCUGGGUGUCCGGGGUGUUUUCGGGGGGUGUACUUGCGAGGAUCCCCUUCUCUGCGCUAGCUAAACUAACUAACCUUUCGAGUGAGACAUGCCGGCAAAAAAAAGGAAAGAAAUGAAAAAGGAUGCGUGGGAAAGCAGCAGUAAAACAAAAAUGGCAGGAGCAAAGAUGAACAUGAACAAUAGAUAAUGCGCGCGCUUGCAGGGCAAACCAAAUGUUUAACAAAACCAGUUUCAGGGCUCACCGUAGACAUAUUGAACGGGGUGGACGAAUGGUACCGACCGCCCUCCUGCCCUCGGUUAAUGGGAGAAAACAAAAUGGCCACCGGUAGGGUGGUGGCGUAGCGCGAAGCGGUACACUUAGAGUAUAACAUGCCAAAACAGGAAGCAAGAAAAAAACAUGUGUGAAAAUGAAACCAAAAAAAUGCAAAUAAACCCCCAGCAAUGGCUAUAGUAUAGUAGAGGGCUGGGUUGAGUUGGCUUCUCGCUAUCGCACUGGCCGAAAAACAGUUGGGGGUGGGCACGAGCGCAACAGCUUUUCGCACGCUCGCUAACGCACCACCUGACGUAAACGCAAUGGAAUGAAGUGAUGGCGAAAAACAAGCGGCACCGAUAGCGAAGCAAGCAAGCAAGGUUAUAUUUUGUAGAUUUUUAAACGAGUGAGAUUAAACAAGCAACAAACUGUAAGCUAAACGUAACCAACGUGCACCGGAACGCGUGGAAGCGACAGGCUCCGGUCCGGGCUCAACCGCGCGUGGAGACUGAAGCAAAACCACCACAAAUAGGCGACGAACUGCAGCUCCAGAAGUAACCGCCGGUUGGGGUGCGUGUUUAACCAUUAACCACAACAACAACAAAACACUAGGGUAAAACCAGAGAAGUACGACGUGUAGACGCGACUUACAGUAGGCAACACAAGGAGUUCAGUAACUCGGCAGGACGUUGCUUCAAUUAGAACAGAUUUAGUACUCGAUGUGCUGAUCGUAGAUGCAUCCACCGCGAAGGAGUGUUACCUUCGAAAAAAAAUUAAAGAAAAUAAAAUAAAAAAACGAUCUCAUCGUUAGAGCAGAUCCGUUAGCUCCGCAACCAUUUUGCUGCUGCU